AUGACUUGGACUAAACCAGGAGAACCGAUUUCAUAUGCCAGUCCACUUGUCAUCACACCAAAAGGAGAUGAUGAUGUUCGCAUCACUGCAGACUUCCGAGUGGCAAACAAAGGAGCAUCGAGAACCCGCAUCGUACCUGGUCUACGAGUAGACGAAUUGUCGGCAACGUUUGGAGACUGCAAAGUGUUUUCCCAUCUUGAUAUGAACAAUGGCUACCACCAAAUGAAAGUUGACGAGGAUUCCAAGAAAUAUCUAGUAGUGACCACACCCUGGGGAAAUUUGAAGCAUGAAACGCUUGCACAGGGAUGGAUAACCAGCCAAGAUGAAUUCGACAGACGAAUAAAUGAGAUUCUAGCGGGAAUUCCUCACGUAAAAAGUAAUCGAGACGACUGUCUAAUUGGUGUGAAAGAUCGAAACGAGCACAACAGAACACUCGACCUAGUCCUAACACGUCUGCAAGAACAUGGAUUAACAUUAAGAUUGGAGAAAUGUGAAUUUGGAAAGGAGGAGUUGAGUUCUAUGGUGUCAGAUUUACGGGAGAAGGAAUCAAACCAUCGAAGGCGAAAGUGAAAGCGUUGCAAGAAUGUGUAGAGCCCAGUUCAAAAGAAGGAGUAAGAAGCUUUCUGCAGAUGGUGGGAUAUAUGUCUCGAUUUAUCACCAGCUUUGCCCAGAUUGCCGCACCGCUGCGACAGUUAACGAAGUCAACCUCAACCUUCCAUUGGGGACCUAUAGAACAGGAAGCUUUCGAUAGCUUGAAGAGCAGCUUGACGGAGCAAACAACCCUUUCCUACUUUGUUCCCGAAAGAAUCUACGUAGAUGCGGGAAAGAAAACAGAGAAAUCGAGCAAUGUUCCUGGAGGACUAUGUGCUAUUUUAUGCCAGCAAGGUGGCGACGGACAGUGGAAAAUGUGUCACGUAGCCAACCGUGCCCUAACCACAGAUGAGGUAGAUACAGAUGUGAAUCUUCCGUCAAAUUGCUGAUUGUUUUGUGUCACACGGAAUUCUCACUUCCGGCGAGCGCUGGCAAGUGUCGUUCUGAAAUUUAAUAAGGAAAGAGAUAGGAAAACGCCGUUCGAAAGACGAAAAAUUGUUUUUUUAAAAUCUACGCUACCGACGGCUAUUUUUGGAAUUAAUUCUUCAAGAGUAACGGUAAGCGAUCACUUUUAUUGAUUUCUUUUUAUUAAAAGUGUUAAUAUAACAUUUUAUUUAGCAAAAGUUUGUUUUUUUCCCUAUCUACUUCGUAUUAAAAUCGUGAAAUACACUUGCUGGGAAUUUCAGAUGCUCAUGUAUAAUAACAAAACAGCGAAUGAUAUAAAUUCCUCAAAACACGACUCUGGCAUAAAAAAAACAUGAAUACUUCUAUAAUAUGCAUAGUUUUAUUUCUCUGCUUUAUCAAAAUUUAAUAAAAUAGUGAAUUAAUACAAUUUUAAAGUUUAUUUAAUCGGUGUGACAUAAUUUGACGGAAGAUUCACAUCUGUAUCUACCUCAUCUGUGCCCUAACUGACGUUGACACAAGAUACGGACAGACUGAGUUAGAAGCAGCUGCGAUCAAGUUUGCUUGUGCUGACGCCCUUUAUAAGUACUUGGUUGGAGCGCCAAAGUUUGAAAUCUUUACGGAUUGCAAGCCACUUGUACAUCUCUUCAACAAUCCAACCUCAAGAGCACCACUGCGUAUCGAGCGACAAAUUCUCGCCAUUCAAGGUUUAGACUAUGUGGUCAAAUAUCAGAAAGGAGCUGAGAACAUCGCGUAUUAUGGAUCAAGACACCUGACGAGGAGACAUGAUGACAUUCCCAUGGUGAAGUCCGUGAACGAGUUAGAAGGAUUACGAACUUUUGUCUCUGAAGACAACGAGUACCUUUCCAGAAUGGCAAAAGACGACAAUGAUUACCAAUUCCUAAAAGAAGUAAUUCAAAGAAACCUCUGGAAGAAACACGGAAAAGAUCCAAGAGUUUCAAGAUUCCUCGGAGUAGCGUCCGACUUAUCUGUUGUUGGAGAAAUCAUCCUGUGUAAGGACAAAGUAAUUCCGCCUUUGAGCAGUCGAAGAAGAUUUGUCGAUAAAGCACACAAGAUUGGGCACUCGGGAGAGACCCGCACGCUGAAACUUCUUCAAGAAAAGAUUUGGUUUCCUGGAAUUGCUAAACUCUGUAAAGAAGCUGUACAGAAUUGUCAAAGCUGUCAAGUCACUCAUGAUCGCACCUAUGAUGAGCCUCUUCAAUCAACACCAUUGCAACCAGGUCCUUGGCAUACAAUCUCUGUGGAUUUCAAGGGACCAUUCAAAGAUGGAACUUACGCCCUGGUCGGAUAUGAUCUUUACAGCCGUUAUCCUGUUGGAAGCUACUGCAGAUCUACAGUGUUCUCGUGUGUAAAACCGAUCCUUGAUUCGUGGUUUUCAACAUUUGGUACAGUGGAGCUGAAAUCAGAUCGAGGACCUCCAUUUAACGGACAUGAAUUAAGUGCAUAUAUGCUCGCGAGAGAGGAUUCGUUCACAAACCGGUGA